AUGGAGCCUGAGAGGCCCAGAGAACCUCGGAACGAAUCUCCGAAUGCCUUAGGAAGACCUAGAGAAUAUCGAGAUAAAGCUCCUAGACUCGGGUAUGAACCUAGAGAGAAACGACCAAGAACAAGAUGGGAGCAAUCUUCAGGUUCAACUUCAGCUGAUCUAUACGAACAACAACGCCGCAAGCAAGGAACCAGUGCUACAUCUACCCGACAGCCACGAGGUUGUACUCCACCGUCACAAACGCGAGAAUCACAGCAGCCACAAGGCCAGGGUUUAUCGCCACCUGUUCAGUGCCCACCGCAGCAACGAGAUCAAAGCUUGCAGCAACCACUGGCUCAGACGUGCCAUGCACGAUCACAUGGGAACAGAGCUCAGGCGAAAGCAGCAUCAGUAGCGAGAUCAAACAACUAUGACUUUGCGGAAGACGAGGCUUUGCUGUGCGAUGACGCCAUGAUUGCCGAACUGGAGAAGGUCGUUGGUAGGGCAGAAGCGGUGCUCAAGCACAGCAACAAGCUCAAGCACAGCAACAAGCUCAAGCACAGCAACAAGCUCAAGCACAGCAACAAGCUCAAGCACAGAGCAACAAGCUCAAGCCAAGCUCAAGCACAGCAACAAGCUCAAGCACAGCAACAAGCUCAAGCACAGCAACAAGCUCAAGCACAGCAACAAGCUCAAGCACCACAGCAGCAAAGUCAAUCGACUGAAGCUUUGGACAGCGCCAAAGCUCGAUGGCAGGCAAAAUCGGCAUUCGCCAAUGCAGCCAUCGAUCCUAAACAAAAGGCCAUACUCCGAGCUCAAGCAAUUAUAGAUAAAAUUGAGUAUGAUAGGGAGCAGCAACAUGCGCAAAAUGAACGAUUACAACAGGUCCAAGGUGCGUCCCUCCAAGCUCAAGAACCAAGGCAGAAACUAGGUGAGCUCCAAAGGCAACAAGACCAUCAACGCGGUACUCAACACCGAAUACCAAUUCAGCAAGCACCGUGGCAGCAGGCUCUACCUCAGCGAGCACCACCUCAACCACCUCAACCAGCACUACCUCCGCCAGCACCACCUUCGCAAACCUCGCUCACCCAACUUCCAUCUCAACAAUUUACAUUUCAACAAGUUCAAUUCCAGCGAGCACCACCUCAGCACACACAAGAUCCGCAAGAUCCACGUCUGCCACCUCCACCUCGGCAGCCUGCUCCCCACCAGGCUCCGCCGCAACCGCUCCCACCCCCUCCACCUCUACCUGCACCUCCACCCCAGCACUUUUCACCUUCAGAGCCUCUGCACAAGCCAAAUCCACUCUUUCAACCUGUACCCCAGCAAUCCCUACCUCAACAGCCGCAGUUCCUUCCGGUAACAGCACAUCAGAAAUCCCUGAACGUCCUACCCGACCUUGGCCCAGAUUCACAACAACAACAGGACGACCCAACCCGAUCCUAUCUCCAGCAAAUCGACGAUAAAAGCACCAAAUUCCUGACAAUGCUCACGGAUCUCCUCUAUGGCACCCACUAUCUUGGCAACGAACACCGCAAACCCAACUCUCCAGUUUCCGAAAAAGCACAAUUAGCCUACAAAGCCAGUUUUGCUCGCUUAGGAGAACUCCUUGCACGUUCACCCAUUUCGAUACCGCCUUGCCCGACUUAUCGAGACUCAUCAUUUAUUGCUUCGCCUUCUCCGGAGCAGCAGCAGCAGCGAAGAGCAACUGACUCUGCAAGAAGCAAGCCGUGGAGCAGAAACGGUGGCGUUGGCGCACAAUCCGUGCCUGACCAAAACGACGGUGUGUGCUUUUGA